AUGUCUGACAUCCCAACAGAACCCCCAUCCCGGUCGCUCAGGGGCAAGGUCGCCAUUGUCACCGGCGCAGGCUGUGCCGGCGAAGGCAUUGGCAACGGGCGUGCCAUCUCCAUUCUCCUAGCCGAUGACGGCUGCGACGUCAUCUGUCUGGACAUGAACCUGGAGUGGGCCAAUGUUACUGCUGUGAUGGUCAACUCCAAACCUGGGCGUGGGAAGGCUAUCGCCACGGAAGGUGACGUGACUCUCGCUACAGAUUGCGAGGCGGCCGUUCAGCUAGCCCUCGAGAAGUUCGGCAGGCUUGAUAUUCUGAUCAACAACGUCGGCAUCUCAGGGGCCCCUGGGACUGCUGUGGAAGUUGAUAUGGACCAGUGGGCCAAGAGUCUGGAAAUUAACGUUUCAAGUAUGGUCCAGAUGACCAAGUACGCUGUCCCAGCCAUGAUGCGAAAUGAAGGCGAGGCCAAAGGAUCAAUCGUCAACAUGGGGAGCGUGGCUGGGUUGAAGGGGGGUACACCACAUCUGCUGUAUCCGACAAGCAAAGGCGCAGUCGUCAAUAUGACUCGAGCAAUGGCUGCGCACCAUGCUCAAGCCGGUAUUCGAGUGAAUUGCGUUUGUCCAGGGAUGCUCUAUACUCCAAUGAUGUAUUCAGGUGGAAUGAGCGAGGAGGCCAGAGCAGCGCGUAAAGCUCGCUCGCUCUUGGGUACAGAAGGGAACGGUUGGGAUUGUGCUUGUGCAGUCGUGUUCCUUGUAUCGGAUCAUGCGAGGUGGAUCACUGGAGCUAUUCUACCGGUGGAUGCUGGCACUACCGCAGCAGUCGGCAUUGGCAUGCCAAAGAGUGCAAGUGUCAAUGGCUAG